UUCCGGCCCACGUGGGGCGGGUGUGCACAUGGCCGCGAACAUGUCGCCGGACGAGGAGGAUGUGCAGCGGCUCCUGAUCCAGUUCCGCGAUGAGGCAGGGGAGUGCCUGGGCUCCCCCUUCGACGUCCCUGUCACCAUCACUCCGGACAAGCUGCAGCUGGUCUGCAACGCCCUCCUACAGAAGGAUGAGCCGGUGCCUCUGGCCUUCUUCGUCCACGAUGCCGAGAUCGUGGCGUCGCUGGAGAAGACCCUGGCAGGGCAGAGCGUGGAGACAGAGAAAGUCCUGGACAUCAUCUACCAGCCUCAGGCGGUGUUCAGGGUGCGGGCGGUCACACGCUGCACCAGCUCCCUGGAGGGACACACCGAGGCUGUCAUCUCCGUGGCUUUCAGCCCCACGGGAAAGUACCUGGCGAGCGGCUCUGGAGACACCACUGUCCGCUUUUGGGACCUCAGCACGGAAACGCCGCAGUUCACGGCCAAAGGUCACCGGCACUGGGUGCUCAGCAUUGCUUGGUCACCUGAUGGCAAGAAACUGGCCUCGGGCUGCAAGAACAGCCAGAUCUUCCUCUGGGACCCAGCCACUGGCAGCCAGAUCGGCCGGGUGCUGUCUGGCCACUCCAAAUGGAUCACAUGUCUGUGCUGGGAACCGCUCCACAUAAACCCAGAGUGCCGUUACCUGGCCAGUGCCUCCAAGGACGGCAGCAUCCGCAUCUGGGACACGCUGAUGGGCAGGUGUGACAAAAUCCUCACAAGCCACACGCAGUCGGUGACCUGUGUGAAGUGGGGCGGCGAUGGCUUGCUCUACUCCUCCUCCCAGGACAGGACCAUCAAAGUCUGGAGGAGCCAGGAUGGGGUCCUGUGCCGCACGCUGCAAGGCCACGCUCACUGGGUGAACACCAUGGCCCUGAGCACCGACUACGUUCUCCGCACCGGCGCCUUCGAGCCGGCCGAGGCCACCAUCAACCCCCAGGAUGUCAGAGGCUCCUUGUCAGAACUGAAAGACAGGGCACUGCAGAGGUACAACCAAGUCCGGGGCCAGGAACCAGAAAGGCUCGUCUCGGGGUCAGAUGAUUUCACCCUGUUUCUUUGGAGGCCAGCAGAAGACAAGAAGCCACUCGAGAGAAUGACAGGCCACCAGGCUUUGAUUAACCAAGUCAUGUUCUCGCCAGACACCCGGAUAAUUGCCAGUGCUUCCUUCGACAAGUCCAUAAAGCUCUGGGAUGGUAGGACAGGAAAGUACCUGACGUCGCUGAGGGGCCACGUCUCAGCCGUGUACCAGAUCGCCUGGUCAGCCGACAGCCGCCUGCUGGUGAGUGGCAGCAGCGACAGCACCCUCAAGGUCUGGGAUGCUAAGACAAAGAAACUGGCCAUCGAUCUGCCUGGCCACGCGGAUGAGGUGUAUGCAGCGGAUUGGAGCCCGGAUGGACAGAGGGUGGCAAGCGGAGGGAAGGACAAGUGUUUGCGGAUAUGGCGUCGAUAGGAGCAGUGACAUGGAGCUGCUGGUCCAGCACAGUCCUGGGACAUCUCCAAGGUGAUGGACGAAGAGAUUGACCCAAACAUGGCUCCGUGUUCCCGUUGGCAACUCUUCCUCAUGGACUCUUUCCUUAUAUUUAUUUAAGGAAAUUUUAAUUUUAGUUCUUAUUAAGAGCUGUACAUUGUAGGAUAAUUUUCUCUGAACAUCACAGGAGGGAUAUCUCAUCUGCCUCCAUCUCAACUGGCUUUUUAUUGGAAUUUCAGCCUCACAGUAGCCAUUGUCCUGAAAGGGGCAAGCAAAGGGUGUUUGUGCCCUUUCUUGCUCUGUGAAGAAUCCUGUGGAGAGGAGGGUUUUAGUGGGAACAGAGAGGGUUGUCCUUGUGUGGCCUUCAGAUUCAGAGAGAGAGAAAAAUGGGAAAAUUCAGCACUUCAUUCCAUUGCAGAAUUGUGCUUGGCUGCAUGUCUGGGACAAAGAUCUGCUGAGAAUGAGGACUUGGGGCUUCUCAUUAUUCCAGUAAGGUUUUGCCUUUCCACACAGCCCCAUUUCCCUGUGGACUGUGCUGAGCAUUAUCUGCCAGUGAUCCUCUGCACCCACAGCAGAUCACUCCGUGGCUAAUCUGUCCAGGGUGCAACAGGCCUGGACUUCAAAUGACUGCUGGAGCUGUGCUGAGUUUUCAGCUUUCAGCAGCUCUUGGGAAUGGCAAAAUGAGACUCUGAACAGGGGAGAGAGUGCCCAUUUCCCAUCCACCACUGGUUCGGGGGGAAGGAAGGAUAGGGUGGGGAAGAAUGGAGCAGGAAUUCUGUGUGCCACUUGUCCCUUGCCCUGGAUACAUGCUGACAGCAGGGCUGGGACCGACACAAAAUAUAGCAAUACUUCAUUACA